AGAGAGAUAGAGAAUCCAUUGGUCGGUUGCCAGGAGCCAAACUGAAAUCAGCAUGAUUUGCUUAAUAAAAUUAGGGAUUAUGGUCCACAAAGGCAGGAGGUGGUUUAGGGGAAGGCAUUCGUCUACGGACUAGCCAGCCAGUCCUUAGUCAGUCACUUCCACAUAGGAGCUGGGCCUGAUGUGUAGAGGAGGUGCUCACACCUUCCUUGACCACACACACGUACACUGCUGGCUCAAUUUGCACCUCUCACGCUAAGCUUAGAGUACAGUCCACACCACCUGUCGGCUAAUUCUAGAGAGACACGGCCUGCGAGACCCUAUCACGUUCAAGGGGAAGAGCAAAUACAAGGAGCGGGAAUGCAGCACGAGACAAAGCAAGAUGUAGGGAACCAAUGUAAAAUGCAGGAAGAGGAGUUGGACAGAGGUCCCCAUGAGAGCACUGAGGGACCUCCGCUUGCCUCUGCUUCACAAAGCAUGGAGCACCAGGAGGAGGAAGAAGGCCUUCCAGCUCGGACCCCCUAUCCGUACAGUGAGGGACUGUGCCACUCUGGGCGUCUCAUUCUAGCUCUGAUCAUGCUGCUCCUGUGUCUCCUUGGCAGCUGGGCAGUGGUCCACCUGACCCUGGGGAUCCACGGCGGAACGCCGUUCCGAAUCUCGGCCAGCUAUGACCAGCACAAUGACCAGAAUGCAGAUGCCACUAGGACCGCUACCAUUGAACCAAGCUUCACCACGAACUGCACUGUGGAUUCCUCCCCAAAUGCAACUAUCGCACUGCAGGGCCAGUACCAAUGCCACCAGGGACAGGAGAUCCCCCUGGGCCGACUGUGCGACUUCAGGACGGACUGCCCACAUGGCGAUGAUGAGGGGGACGUGUGUCGUCAAUUUCUCAAUGGCACCCACUGCUCUUUCAAAGACGGCGAGUGUGGCUGGCAGGCGGUGACGGCCAAAGGUCCCUACUGGAGACGGCUCCAUAACCUUCCCAAGGCAGCCAGGCCCAGCUGUACAUCAUCAGGUGCUACGUUUAGUGUUGAUGGAGGGCAGCAGGGGGUGGCGUUGCUGCGAAGCCCCCUUUUCCCCCCUCCCCUCAGGAACUCCCCAUGUAAGGUGCAGUUCUCAGUGUGUUUCGGAGGGCCCCCAAAAGGGGCGCUGUCUCUUUGGCUUGUAAAGAACAGCACAGGUCCAGAGGAGCAGUGCAGGCUGUGGCCAUUGUUCAGCGAGCCCAAAAUGGAAAGAGGCUGGAGACUCGUCACUGUCCCUCUCUAUGGACUUGCAGACUGGUUCUGGCUCCAGUUCAGCAUUGAUGGGCCAGGUCAAGGAUCAUCUAUCUCGGUGGACAACAUCUCUUUCAGUAUGGACUGUUUUCUAGCCUCAAAUGGUGAAUCUCCACCGACUGUAACCAGCAGCACCACAUUACAACACAAGCCAACCAAUCAGAACAUCAAGACGACCACCCCAUCCAAUAGAAAUUCACGUCUCCCAAAAGACGACUCCACCAAAUGGACAUUCCACACUUGCGGCGCAGCAGGACCAGAGGGGCCAACGCCAACCCAGUGCAAUAGCUCAUAUAGAAACAGCAACGUCAAUGUCAGCGUGGGAACCAGGGGGCCAUUCAAAGGCAUCCAGGUUUGGAGGGUACCAGAAACAAGCACAUACAGGAUCACAGCCUAUGGUGCCGCAGGCGGGCGCAGUGUGAUGGCUGUGACCAGGUCACAUGGUGUGUACAUCAUAGGGGACUUCCUGUUUCAGAAGGGUGAGCUGCUUCAUAUCCUGGUCGGCCAACACGGGGAAGACGCAUGUCCCAACUCUAACGGGAUGCUCAACAAGAUCUGCACGGAGCAGAGUGGCCCGACGGACAACAAGACUCAAGUGAAAGGGGGCGGAGGAGGAGGAGGCGGAGCCACCUACGUCUUCAAGGUGGAGAAGGGAGUCCAUAUCCCUCUGAUCAUUGCAGCAGGAGGUGGGGGCCGCGGGUACAGUAGCCAAUCGGGUAGCCAGGAGGAGCUCAUAGACACUGACCCCGCUGUGCAAGGGCGGAAUGGAAAGUCUGGUGCAUCAGGUGGAGGUGGAGGCUGGAACGACAGCACCCCUGGGAGCCCGGGCGGGAGGCCCCUGGUGCUGGGCGGCCAGGGAGGGCAGCCGUGUCAGACGUUCAGCUGGCAAACCAGGGGUGGUUUUGGAGGUGGCGGGGGGGCCUGCAUGUCUGGUGGAGGCGGGGGUGGAUACAGAGGGGGCAACAGCAGUGAAGCCAAUAAUCCAAAACAGGAUGGGGAGGACGGCUCGUCCUUCAUCAGUCCAGACGGGGAGAUGUUUAUGGAUCCCCUUAAAGGUAUGGAAGGUAAUGGUGAAGUGAUCAUCAGCCAGGUGCAGAACUGCAGCCACUGUGAGAUGAACGAGUGUCAUCGCACAGAGGAGGGGACCGUGUGCUACUGUGACGAGGACCUCGUCUUGGACUCCGACGGAGUGUCGUGCAUCAACCACACCGAGGUGUCUGUCCUGUCACCACAGCCCUCGCUGUCCCACCUGGCUCUGGGGUUGUCCAUCGGUACCUCAGCCCUCAUCGCCGCCCUGCUGCUGGCUGUGUCCGGGGUGAUGAUUAUGUACAGACGCAAACACACGGAGUUGCAGUCUAUUCAGCUGGAGCUGCAAAGCCCAGACUGUAAACUGAGCAAGCUAAGGGCCUCAACCAUCAUGACCGACUACAACCCCAACUACUGCUUUGCUGGCAAGACUGCCUCAGUCAAUGACCUGAAGGAGGUGCCACGGCGCAAUAUCUCUCUCACCAGGGGCCUGGGGCAUGGGGCAUUUGGAGAGGUAUACGAAGGGUUGGCAGUUGGGAUUCCUGGAGAGCCCAGUCCCAUGCAAGUAGCCGUCAAGACUCUUCCUGAAGUGUGCUCAGAGCAGGAUGAACUAGACUUCCUAAUGGAGGCUCUCAUCAUUAGUAAGUUCAGCCACCAGAACAUAGUAUGCUGCAUAGGUGUGAGUCUGCAGGCCCUGCCUCGCUUCAUCCUCCUGGAGCUCAUGGCUGGAGGAGAUCUCAAAAGUUUCCUGAGAGAGACCAGGCCCAGACUGGAGCACCCAUCCAGUCUCUCCAUGGUGGACCUUCUCAAUGUGACCAGAGACAUAGCUAGGGGCUGCCAGUACCUGGAGGAAAACCAGUUCAUACACAGGGACAUUGCAGCUCGAAACUGCCUCUUGACCUGCAAAGGACCUGGGAGAGUGGCCAAGAUUGGAGACUUUGGGAUGGCCAGGGACAUUUACAGAGCCAGCUACUACAGGAAGGGUGGACGUGCCAUGCUGCCUGUGAAGUGGAUGCCACCUGAAGCUUUUAUGGAAGGCAUUUUCACAUCCAAAACGGACACGUGGUCAUUUGGUGUUCUGCUGUGGGAGAUAUUCUCGCUGGGUUAUAUGCCCUACCCCAGCCGCAGCAACCAGGAAGUGUUGGAGUUUGUCACCAAUGGUGGUAGGAUGGAUCCUCCCAAAAACUGCCCUGGACCUGUAUACCGAAUAAUGACUCAGAGUUGGCAGCAUCAACCUGAAGACAGGCCCAACUUCUCCACCAUCUUGGAGAGGAUUGACUACUGCUUACAGGAUCCUGAUGUGGUAAAUGUCCCAUUGCCUGUGGAGUAUGGCCCUGUACCUGAGGAGGAGGAGCGUGUGCCCAUGCGGCCUGAGGACCCCAAAGCCCCCUCACUUUUAGUGUCCGCGCAAAUGCCCGAUAGGGAUGGACCCACGCCUCUCCCCUCUUACCCCUCCGAGGACACCCGGAGACCUGGCGAACCUCUCCCCCAGCCCAGCCAGCUCGCAGAACCCAAGCCCCCAGCCCUGGCCCAACCCCAGUCCUACUCUCACCCACACCCACACCCACAAACAUCCACCACUGCCACAGUAACCUCCACGGCAGCUUCGAAGAUCCCCAGCCAACCUGGCCCAGAGGGAGGCCACGUCAACCUGGCCUUCAGCACCCAGGGUCAACCCCCAGAGAAGGAGAGCCACAACGGGAAGCCCACCAACCUGUGGAACCCCACCUACGGCUCAUGGUUCAUCCAGCAGCAGCAGAGGAAGCAGCAGCAGCAGAAGCAGGGCGGGGUUGGUGGAGGAGGAGUACCAGCGGUGGGAGGGCUCAGCGGUGGCAGGGUUCCCGGAGAGGGGCAGGAGUACGUGGGGAGGACGGUGGCAGAGGCAGCGGGGGCCCUGGGGCUCCAGCACCAGCACAAGCAGUUCCAGCACCAAUUCCAGCUGCAGCACCAUCAGCUUCAGCAGCAGUUGCUCCACCAGCAGCAGCAGCAGCAGCAGCAGCAGGGUCUCUGCCGUCCGCUCUUACCUCCACCCCCGCCCCCUUCAGUCGCCUCCAACGCUGACCCCUCCCCGCUGGUUCUCGAUUCAGCCGCCCUACCACCGGUCCCUCUCUACAGACUACGCCGAUUCCCAUGUGGGAACAUAGGCUAUGGAUACCAGGAGCAAGGCCUGCCCCUGGAGCCUUCCCACAGUGGCCCCAACCCCCCUCCUCCCCCUCCCCCGCCAGCCCCUGCCACCUCCUCCUCCUUAGGCUCUGCCCAGAGAGGGGUGCUGCCCACCUCUGUUUCUUUAAGCCGAUCGGUUGUUUCUGAGGACAGCCGCCCGCUGCUGGUUACCAUGGGAACGGUGCAGGAUUCCAGGCUACCAAGAAUGGAAGGGCACAACGCCACUGUGCUUUAGCCAUUCCGGAUCCAUACGUAUCCACUCUGAGACUGUGUUGAGAAACACUUGAGGAAAAAUAUGUUAAACACUGUGUCAGGAGAGUUCUAAACAUUUGGACUCCCCUACUAUCUACAGUACCAAGUUGCAUUGUUUCUUCCACAGAUGGAAGCAAACCAUUUGUUACCUGGCCAAAGGGAUAUUGUAAGUCCUGUAGAACCCAAUGAAAAGCUUGGCAAAAAAAACUGUAAUCUACUAAAGGAUACUGGAAGCAAGUUUAUAAUACAUCGGCUGGCUAAUUGUUGUUUAACGGAAGAUAUGUAUUUUUUUCUACGCUCGAUGUAACCAACAGACUGAAAUAUGGGGCUUGGGAAUUUCUUCAAGUAGUUCAGAACGACUGGUUGAAAACAUUCCAUUUAGUAGCAGCAGUGUUUAUUUGCGGAUUAGCUAUUGUGUGGCUUUACUUGUCAAAGCGGUCAUUUAUUUGGGAGGCACGUGUGGAACAUAGUUGAUUUUGCAUAAAACAGCAGUUUUCAGACACUCUUUGGACAGCAGUAUGACUAUAGCUUUGUUGACGUUUUACUGACUUUGUUUCCAUAUUUUGCAUCACAAAAUGCUUCUGUUCUUUUUUUGUGAAUCAAAACCUUGGUAAAGGACUAUCAGAAUCAAUUUUGUAAGUAAACUUUUAAAUCGGAAAUGUGAUUAAAGGAAAAAAAAAGUGUUUAUUGAUGUUUGCUUGCCUGCUUGUUCAUUUAUUUAUUCAUUUGUUUAUUUAUUAUUUGAAAGAGGCUUUGUAAAUUAAUAAUAGAUGUGCUUUUAAAACCAACCAAAUGUUCAUUUUGCAAAUAUGUGAGCAUUUUUUGUCUCUGAAACUGUUCCCCCCGUCUUGUCAACCUAAAUUAAACUUGAUGAACAAUCAACAAUAUAGGCUAGACUGGGUGGUGAACCUGAUGGCUGAAAUUGUUUUAAUAGUUUAUGCUGAAGUUGAGCGGUUAGGGAAUUGAGCUAUUAAUCAGAAGGUUGCCGGUUCGAUUCGCGGCCGCGUCAAAAUUAAGUUGUGUCCUUGGGCAAGGCACUUCAGCCUUCUUGCCUCGGGGGGAGUCCCUGUACUUACUGUAAGUUGCUCUGGAUAAGAGUGUCUGCUAAAUGACUAAAUGUACAUGUAAGUUUGGCAAUGUAUUUGUCAUUAUGGUUGGGCAAACUGUGCAGAUCAGUCACACAGAAACAUGCCUAUUUACAUCUAUUUUAUUGUGACAAAAUAACUCAAACUUAAAAAAAAGAAUAUAUAUAUAUAGUAACACUGCACUUCAGUCAAGAAGCAACGCCCUGUCGAUACAUGAAACAUCAACUGUUAACCGUUAUGAUAAUGAACUGCACAAAUGUGAAGCCUACGGGCUUGGGAGUUGAGAUUUGUACCUUCUGAAAGAGGUACAGUAGCCAGUAGUGUUAGAAGGAGGCGCUACUGUGUGUUUUUCAUGAAUGGAUAGAUGGGGAGUUACUGUGAGGCACAUUUGGAGAAUACUGCAAACUAAACAUAUACUGUAAUUCAAUGCCCUUUUUAGAAAUGAUUAGUUCAUGGACUCUUAGGUAAUUGAAAGCGCUCUUUUACAUUAAGAAGUUUGGGCAUUUCGGCUGUGGGGCUUUUUUCAGUAACUCUUUCUUAAUUCCUUACUUGUAAAAAUGUAAUCCAAUUUCAUGUCCCUCCUCCUGAUCCAUCUCCUUUAUUGGACAUCGGUGAAUAGGUCUUUACCCCAAACUGCUAUUUUAAAAUACUCAAUGUUAAUACAUUUGAAAAUUUUAUAUUUUCUAUUUGAGAGACUGUUGUAGAAUAUUAAGUAUUCUUGAGUGAAACAUUUGAAUACAAAUUGCUUGUGGUCUACAAAUGAAACUAAGAACUAUUUUGUGAGGUUCUUAAUCCAGCUGUCAUGAACCAUUUUCACACAUUUAUGUGCAGAGCAUCUAUACAUGUAUGUGGUAAAUGUCUGCUUUUAUUUAAGGACAUUUGUGGUUUUGAGUAAAUUAAGUUGCAAACUUAAAAAGUUGUUCACAAUGGCCUAAAACUGACCAGACAAAAAAGACAAAAAGUGUUUCUAGUAAAUGUAUUUGUCAAUUUUCUCUACUCAACUUGAACCUAAAGCAGUAAUAGGCGAUAAGUUAUGAAGUAAAAUUUUUAUUCUUAAGAUCUGAUAUGAGAUUGUAGUUUCAGUAUCACGCCUGAUGCAAUAGGAAGAUAUACUCUCACUUCAACUGUGGGUUCGAGAGAGUGACAUGCUACUGUCCUUGCCUGCAUCGUUGUGUUGGCAUAUUCUGUGUUUUUUUUUGCUCACUGUCCUUGAGUAAAGAAUUUAAAAGAAAUACCUGCACCUGUAAAAUGUUGUAAUUAUGAAGUAUUGUACUAUGACUCUGGUAAAAGCUGUAAAUUUGCCCUUCAGAUGACAUUUGCCAAAAUGAAUAAAUUGCUAUAUAA